AUGGACGAAUCAAGUGCCGAACAACAGAUUGCAGAUCAGCGCACUAUCGACUCUGCUGCUAGUUCUGAUGUAAUCUCUGACGACCAAAUUAAGAAGACUUGGAACGACACUACACAUUUACAUGGCAAUUUGUGGCGAUCAGAAUACAAAAAUUUUCGAACGACUGCAAAUGCCGUGCAAUUGAAGAAUAUCUUCAAUCGUCAAUUUCAUCCGGCUUUCACCCAGCAUCUCCAGUCUAAGCUGACGGGAACAUCAAGCAUCGCCCAAGCUUACCCUGCAGAGGCAGCGGAUAACAGUGCUACCGACGCAUGA